CCGUUUAACUAGAAGCUCGGUUUACAAAAUCGUUGCAAAGCGUGUAAUAUUCAAAAAGAUAGGAUGUGUUUAAUAGUUUUUAUAUAAAUAAAAUGGAUCUUACGACUGUUUUCUUACUUAUAUGUAAUAUAAACAUAAUAUAUGGGCAAUUUUCUUACGGUUGUCCAUCUGGCUGGGAAACGUAUCAGUCAAAAUGUUACCUAUUUCAAGGUUUUGACAAAAGAAUUUACGAAGAGGCAGAUGCGUCAUGCUGGGUUAAUGGAGCUACCUUGCUGAGUGUCGGUGACUAUAAUGAACACAAAUUUGUUUCUGACUGGCUCGUCAAACAUGAUUUGCUCUACGGCUCGGUCUGGUUCACUAGUGGCGUGUAUUCCCAUGGACAGCUGGCGUGGGAUGGUGAUGGCUCACUUGGUGUACAGGGUGUGGAAUUCUGGUCUGCUGGAUACUCACCAAGUCAUGAUGUCAUGUAUAGUAGAAUUGCAUAUGUACGGGGUGGACAAUUUGGUAUAAACGGGUAUGGUUGGCAUGUAGUUUCAGAAAGUGUCGCAUCUGCAUAUAUUUGUGAAAUGUCAAUGCUGGACGCUCAAGAAAGAAAAAUAGAAAACAGAGACUUCACUUACGGUCAAAGUACAAGUGAGAUGAAGGAUACAGAACGAGGACCGGUUAUAACUGAUCAGCCACGAAGUCUUGCUGUGUUCGGAGACCCACAAACUGUCUUCAUUGAAUGUAAAGGGCAAGCAAACCCUAUACCUCAUUACAAGUGGACACGUGAUGGCGGUCAAGUUGUCACAUCCACCUUAAAUAAUAGGUACACGUUAAGUGCAGGUCGCUUCUCCAUACAAGAUCCGGUUGAUGGUGACUCUGGAGAUUAUACAUGUAUCAUAGAAAAUAAAUUCGGUAAAAUUUUGAGCAAUCCAGCCAAAAUCAUCUUUGGGUACCUCCAAAGCUUUUCUCCUGUCAGACCUGACAAUGUUCAAGCAAAUAAAUUUGAGGGUUCAAGAAUAAGUUGUCAAGCCCCUGCGGCUUUUCCAGAGAGGGCGUAUACAUGGUUUUACAACAGUAUAUUUGAGCCAGUAUUUGAAGGGUUUGAGAAUAUGUUUGUAUCCAGCACUGGCUAUCUGUAUUUCUCAUCUGUCCAGCCGACUGACCAAAGGCGCUAUUUCUGUUCUGUAACAUUAAUUGCCUCUUCAGAGUACGAAACGGCAAUAGAUCAACCACCUAGCAGAAUAAGUCUUGGUGUUGACUUAAUAGUCACUGGAACAGAACAUGGAUACUUCAAGCCGUACAUAUACACACAUACCUUUCCUUCUCCUGCAGUGAAAGGAGCACAAAUCAGACUCGAAUGUGUGGCCUAUGGCUCGCUUCCGCUAAAGUAUAGUUGGCAUCGUCAAGAGGGCCUGGAAUUCGAGCCAGGAACAAGGCUUGCAGAUUACAAUCGCGUGCUCAUUAUUGAAGAUGCUACCCUAGCAGCAGAAGGAAUCUAUACAUGCAGAGUAAAUGGACGCGCUGGUGUAACAUCGAAAAAUAUAACUCUUUUUGUAGAAACAAAGCCUUAUUUUCCAUUUGGUAUUGGAGAUAGAUUUGUAGAUCCGGGUCAGGGAGUCACGUGGCGAUGCAAGUCUGUUGCUAGGCCUGCAGCUUCAUAUUCUUGGUACAAAAAUGGCGAACUCAUUAAAAACCAACCUGGCGUGAUGGAAGUUUAUAGGGAUUAUCUGAAGAUAUUCAAUGUAGACGCAGUUAGAGAUGAAGGAAUGUACCAGUGUGGUGCCACAAAUGUCCAUGGAACUACUUUUACCUAUGGUCAACUUAAAGUCCUUUCUUUCUCACCAACGUUUGACAAGAAUCCGAUGGUACCAUACUUACAGAUACCGCUAGGUGGAAACAUUACAUUGCCAUGUAAGGUUGAGGCAGCACCGGUACCAGUUGUUGUUUGGUUAAAAAACGGUUCCCCUUUACCAGUGACCCCAGGCAUUGUUGAAGGGCACAUAGGAAUGACUUUUGAGAAUGACCUUCUGUUUAAUAACAUUGAAAAUGGAGACCAAGGUGUGUAUACAUGCAAAGCAAGUAACAUCAAUGGCGAAGCUUCAAACUUCACUCGAGUAGAAGUGAUCAGGGGUAUAAGUAUAACGACAGCACCAUUGGACAUAAGAGUUCGUGUCAACAGCACGGCUUUCUUGUUUUGUCAGGCGUCCUAUGAUUAUCAACAAUUUGAUUUGACCUACCAGUGGAAAAUCAAUGAACAUCUUUUAGAUACAGUGAAUGACCCACAUUUUUUACUGAGCAAGAGGGAUGGUUUGGACGGUCUAUACAUCCUGAACGCACAAUACAAACACACGGGCAGAUACACGUGUGAUGCACGCACAACUAUACAUACAGAUAGCAGACAUGCCCUUGUGUUCGUUGAAGGUCCUCCUGGAGCACCGGCUGGUGUGUAUGUCGACUCAACAUCUGUUACCUCAAACUCUGCCCGUAUUGUGUGGUCUAUAGCUACAGAUAUGAGUCACGGCAGUGCUAUUAUCAGUUAUGAUAUUGAGGCUGAAAUAGGACUGUACCCUGGACAAUGGAAAACUGUGGCAACUGAUGUUUUAGAGUUUGCAGCUAUGAAUGAAGCUAUAAAUUAUGGAUUGAGAGACGACCAGAGACUAGCACAAGUAUCUGGUUUAUUACCAAACAUAGAUUACAGCUUUAGAAUACGAGCAAUAAACAGCUUUGGACGAGGUCAUGAGGCGAGCUGGGGAUCUGUGUCCAUCAAAACUCCGGCUAGAGCUCCAGUUACUAUACCCAAAAAUAUUCGCGGCUUUGACGAAGGCAAAGUUGGAACAUUAAAUAUUGUUUGGGAUCCUCUUGAUGUAUCGGAGUACAGUGGAUCUGGUGUGGGAUAUAAUGUAUACUUUCGUAAAAAAGAUGACCCCAAAGAAUGGUUCCAUAAAAAGAUAGAUGGCGCCGAGAGUUCCAUGUAUACACAUCUUGUUGGGUUGGACAAUUAUUAUAUUGAAUAUUCGGUAAAGGUGGGGGCAUUUAACGAGCAUGGGAGUGGACCAAAUUCCACCGAACAUAUCAUUAUGUCUGCAGAAGGCAGUAAGUAUCAUCAACUUGAACUAAAUUACACUUGUUGUCACAUAAAAAUAGUUUAUCCUUAUCAGGUAAGAUAUUGGCACGACGACUUUCCAGAGUUUGUUAUGUGGAGAGAUCUGUACGGUCAACAUGAUUCAGCCAUCAUUAUAGGUUUACAGGAUAACACAAAUUAUUGGGCAUCAGUACAAGUUAUGAAUUAUGCUGGUGUUGGUCCAAUUGGAGAGAUUCGACUGGCUGAAACGUUACAUCUAGCACCGGUAGACUACCCACGGCACGUGAAAGUUUGGCCGCACGGCAAACAUUCGGUAAAAGUCACCUGGCAGGGAGUUAGCACGCUGUUUAAUCAAGAGUCACUGAUGGGAUAUAUUUUACGUAUUUGGAAGAUCCAGGAGGAUAUAAGAACAGCUCGAGAUGUCACUGUAGACAAAGUGAGAGAAGCUGUUAUUGACGGUCUCCAAACACACACUGUAUAUGUCCUCCGAGUGCUUGGUUAUAGUGCUGGUGGAGACGGUACACUCAGUCCUCAUAUAUAUUUUACUGUAGAAGGGGGAAAUGUACCGUUUGACCCGACAACAACAAGAUUUUGUUUCUCACAAGAAGAGUGUGGCACAGCAUCAUCAUUAUAUAUUUCAGUGUGUUUAUUGUUUCUCUUACCUUUGCUUCAUCUCCACAUUCUACUUUAAUUUGUUUAUACAUAUUUAACUCAAAUAUCCAGGGAUGCUUUUUAACCUUUAUUUACAUUUAUAAUUUUUUCUCUUUGUAUGUUGAUAAGUUAAAGAGAACGGUAUCUUGUUUAAA